AUGUCCUUUCAAAAGUUUGCAGAUUCGCUGCCACCAUCGCUGAGCCUGAAGGAUCGCUCUGUGCUCUUGACCGGCAGCUCCAGCGGUAUAGGUAAGAGGUGCCUUUCUCAUAGUCGCAGGCAUGUAUGCGAUGCUCAAGCUGGGUCUUUAUCGACGUUGCAGGCAGACAGUGCGCUCUGCACCUGGCACGACAUGGCGCUAAGGUGCUCUGCUGCGAUUUGACCCCUACGCCGGCUCAAGAGAGAGUCGCUCCAGCUCCGUCGGACAAGCCACAUUCUGAUGCUCAGCCAGGUGGCUCGAUCGAUGCCUACACCGUUCCCACGCACGAUUUGAUCAACCAAGCAGGUGGGCGCGCGCAAUUCUUCAAGAUGAAUGUCACAAAGGAAGAGGAUUGGAAAGAGGCUGUAAAGUUGGCCACAGAGCUUGGAGACGGCAGACUUGAUUUGCUCAUAAACAAUGCUGGUGAGCACCGAGUCGGUGGGCGGAGUUUACAUGCCGCUGACACUCAUACUGUUUGUAUCCAGGCAUUGUGCGCUUCUCGGGCGGGCUGCUAAACGAAACGAUGAAAGACUUUGAUGCCACAGUACGUGCUGUGGCGCAUCAACUGAAUGCUCGAAACCAUUGGGCUGAAGCCUGCACCCCAAUUUCUCCACAGUUCGCGGUCAACGUUCGAGGACUCUUCAUUGGCACACGCGAAGCGCUAGCUCAGAUGGUCAAGCAGCCUCCUCGCAUCAUGCCCGCGGACCAUGAUUUAGACCUGGAUGAAGUGAGCCUGGCCGAAUUGACUGGAGAUGGCCCACGUCCGCGACCUGCAUUCGAUCAGCAGGAUGCCACACCCGCAACGAGCGGCCGCUUGGAAGGCGACAGGGGCGGUCGCGGAAGUCGGGGCGGUAUCAUCAAUAUCGGUAGUCUACAUGUGAGUGUGUUUGAACGAGCUUGACUGUCUGUCUGGCCGGGACUGACGCUGUCAAACGCUUGCCAGGGCAUCAUUGGUACGUCAGAUUUAUUACUCACGAUGGAAGCAGUCGAGCCGCUCACAGCGCCCCUUCAUCGGACGCCAGGCGGACCCGGGGAAGCAGCAUACGGCGCCGCCAAAGGGGGUGAGUGAAGCUACGAUCUCGAAGCUUUCGAUCGCGCUGACAGCCUCUCUUCGCACGCGCGACAGCUGUCGUCAACUUCACCAGGCAGGUGAGGAUGCCAGGAGGAUUCGCGUGCGCACAUGCGCAUGUGCUCACUAAAAUUCACUCCCAUUGCCCGUGUGCAGGUCGCCGGGGACUACGCUUCGCAGCGCAUCAAUAUCAAUGUGAGGUCAUUCCAAGAUGUCCAUGUCGUACCAGUAGCUGACCCUCUAUCGUUUGUUCCCGCUAGUGUAUCUGCCCAGGUGCGUCGAAGAGAAAGCAGGGACAAGCGCUCGCAGGCGUCUUCACUGACUCCCAUACCCUCCAGGCUACGUCGAAUCCGCGAUGACUCUCGACGUCCCUCCAGCCCUGUCGGCAAAACGUCCGACGCCGUGGCCUCAUCGCGGAACCGGUCGCGACGUCGCCAAGACGGUAGUGUGAGUGCGGCACGCUAGCUGAAACUUCCGCUCGCUGGCUCACGCCAUCCGUUCUGUUCCCGCCUGUCAAGCUACCUCGCACGUGAUGCACCUUGGUGAGUUUGAGUGGCUCAAUUGCAAGACCGCUGACUGAUUGCCGAACCUUUGCUUGUCAGGCUGACCGGAUCCAUCCUGAUGGUCGAUGGCGGGACGUCUGCGCGAUAG